AUGAGGGGGCCGGGGGAACACCACCGCCGGUUGGGCUCCGACACGCCUCCCGCCGGGAUAUCUGCCAGCGUCGGCUCCUCGCCGGGAACGGAAUAUUCCGUGGAUCCGUCGGCGGAGUUCGUCGAGGUCACUCUCGACCUCCAGGACGACGACACCAUCAUCCUCCGCAGCGUGGAGCCGGCCGCCGCCGUCGCCAUCAACAUCGGCGGGGAGGCCGCCGCGGGAAUCGUCGGCGUGGAGGCCACUCCGGCGUCGGCGUCGACCUCCAGAUCUACUACCAUGAGGCGAAGCGCGUCAAACAACAAGCUGAUUCAGUUCUCGCAGGAGCUCAAGGCGGAGGCGCUUGCCCGCGCGAGGCAGUUCUCGCAGGAGAUGAGGAAGUUAUCGUGGAGCCACGGCCGCGCGUCGCGCAUACUCUCCGGCGGGGCUGGCGGAGGCGGAAUUGAAUCGGCGCUGGCGGCAAGGGCGAUGCGCCGCCAGCGGGCGCAGCUGGAUCGCACGCGCUCCGGCGCCCAGAAGGCGCUCCGGGGGCUCAAGUUCAUCAGCGACGGCAAAAAAAGCCACGUCGACGGCUGGAGCGAAAUUAUUAUGGUGAGUGCCUCUGCGAACAAGUUGUCAAGACUUAAAGAGCAAGCGGAAGAGUAUGCUGCUCUGAUUAUGGAAGAGUUAGACCCUGAAAGGCUUGGAUACAUUGAGCUAUGGCAGCUGGAAACACUAUUGCUGCAAAAGGACACAUACUUAAAUUACAGUCAAGCCCUCAGCUACACGAGCCAAGCCCUGAGCCAGAACCUCCACGGGCUCAGGCACCGGGGCCGAUUGAGGAGAAUAAGCACCAAAUUGCUUUAUUUCUUGCAAGAAAAUUGGAGGAGGAUUUGGGUCCUGACAAUAUGGAUUUUGAUCAUGAUUGGACUGUUCACGUGGAAAUUCUAUCAGUACAAACAGAAAAACGCGUACAAAGUCAUGGGCUAUUGUCUUCUCACAGCCAAAGGUGCGGCGGAGACUUUGAAAUUCAACAUGGCGCUCGUGUUAUUGCCUGUGUGCAGGAACACCAUAACCUGGCUGAGGUCCUCCAAGCUGGGCUACUUUGUGCCGUUCGAUGACAACAUCAACUUUCACAAGACCAUAGCUGCAGCCAUUGUAGUGGGCGUCAUACUCCACGCAGGCAACCAUCUUGCUUGUGACUUUCCAAGACUCAUAAACGAGCCCGAUUCCAUGUACAGACGUUAUUUUAUUGACGACUUUGGCAAGAAUAAGCCCAAGUACAUAGACCUUGUGAAAGGGAUCGAGGGCGUGACCGGGCUCUUAAUGGUCAUCCUCAUGAUAAUUGCUUUUAUAUUGGCAACUCGGUGGUUCAGAAGAAGUCUUAUUAGGUUGCCUAAGCCAUUUGACCGCCUCACUGGCUACAAUGCCUUUUGGUAUUCUCACCACCUGUUUGUCUUUGUAUACGUGUUGCUCGUAAUCCACGGGACUUUCCUGUAUCUGGUUCAUCACUGGUACAAAAAGACGACGUGGAUGUAUCUUGCGGUUCCUGUGAUUCUGUAUGCAGGGGAAAGGAUACUUAGAUUCUUUCGUUCAGGCUUCAAUAGUGUUCGGCUUUUAAAGGUUGCUAUUUAUCCAGGAAAUGUCUUGACAUUGCAAAUGUCGAAGCCUCCACAAUUUAGAUAUAAGAGUGGGCAAUACAUGUUUGUCCAAUGUCCGGCCGUUUCUCCAUUUGAAUGGAAUUCGGACCAGAGUGUGAGCUCAUUCGACUCAUCUAACACAAAGAGGAGGAAAACUCUAAGGACAACCAAUGCUUACUUCUAUUGGGUCACUAGAGAACAAGGGUCGUUUGAUUGGUUCAAAGGCGUCAUGAAUGAAGUCGCCGAACUUGAUCAAAGGGGUGUCAUUGAGAUGCACAAUUAUUUAACUAGUGUGUAUGAGGAAGGUGAUGCUCGUUCGGCUCUCAUCACCAUGGUUCAGGCACUUAACCAUGCUAAAAACGGGGUUGACAUUGUAUCUGGCACGAGGGUUAGGACGCAUUUUGCGAGGCCUAAUUGGAAAAAAGUCCUAUCUAAGAUUGGCACCAAACAUGCCAAUGCAAGAAUAGGCGUAUUCUACUGCGGGGCACCGGUAUUGGCAAAAGAACUCAACCAGCUGUGUUACGAGUACAAUCAGAAGGGCUCGACCAAAUUCGAAUUCCAUAAAGAACAUUUCUAA